GGCGACGAAUGUGUCUUGAAAACUAUGAGGGCGGGAUCGGGAUGUGGUUUACUCUCCGGACAAGAGACAUGACAAGACUUUUGACAGAACUUAGAAUCAUUUAGUCGGUAGGUUUGAAGUUUGAAGAUUUAUUGAAAAUCAUGGUUGUAAAUUCAGUGCAUUGGUUUCGUAAAGGCUUGAGGCUUCACGAUAAUCCGGCUCUCCAAGAAGCUUUGGAGGGUGCAGACACUGUGCGUUGCGUUUAUGUGUUGGAUCCUUGGUUUGCUGGAUCUGCCAACGUGGGAUUUAACAGAUGGAGGUUUUUAUUAGAAUCUUUGGAGAACCUGGACACCAGUCUUCGACAACUGAAUUCAAGGCUUUUUGUGGUCCGGGGACAACCAACAGACGUAUUCCCACGCCUAUUCAAGGAGUGGAAUGUGACCCGUAUGACCUUUGAGUAUGACUCCGAGCCUUAUGGGAAGGAACGGGAUGCUGCUAUCAUCAAGAUGGCACGGAACUUUGGAGUGGAGACCAGAGUGAAAAACUCACACACCCUUUACAACUUGGACAGGAUCAUCGAGCUGAACAACAGUAGCCCCCCACUCUCCUUCAAGCGCUUUCAGGCCCUUGUCCAAAGGCUUGAACUGCCCAAAAGACCCCUGCCGACUGUUACUGCAGAACAGAUGGACGGCUGUUCAACUCCCAUUGCACAUAAUCAUAAUGAGCUUUACAGCGUACCCUCUCUGGAGGAACUGGGUUUUAAGACUGCUGGCCAGGGUCAAGCUGUGUGGAAAGGAGGAGAAAGCGAGGCUCUGCACCGACUGAACCGACACACGGAAAAGGAAUGGAUGGCGCGUUAUGAGAGGCCCCGCUUAAAUGCGUGCUCCCUGAUGGCAAGUCCUUCAGGCUUGAGUCCUUUCCUCCGCUUUGGCUGUCUGUCUUGUCGAACAUUGUACUACAAACUCCGAGAUCUCUACAUGAAGGCAAAUAAGCAGAUCACACCUCCCUUGUCACUCUUCACUCAGCUCCUGUGGAGGGAGUUCUUCUACACAGCAGCUACCCGCAACCCCACAUUUGAUCGGAUGACGGGCAAUCCCGUCUGCUUGCAGAUCCCCUGGGAUAAGAACCCUGAGGCCCUGGCUAAGUGGGCAGAGGGUCGGACAGGUUUCCCAUGGAUUGAUGCCGUCAUGACCCAGCUACGGCAGGAGGGCUGGAUCCAUCACCUAGCCAGGCAUGCCGUGGCCUGCUUCCUGACCAGAGGAGACCUGUGGAUCAGCUGGGAGAGCGGCAUGAAGGUGUUUGAGGAGAUGCUGCUGGAUGCUGACUGGAGUGUGAAUGCAGGCAGCUGGAUGUGGCUCUCCUGCAGUUCCUUCUUCCAGCAGUUCUUUCACUGCUACUGCCCCGUGGGCUUUGCCAGAAGAAUAGACCCCUCCGGAAAUUACAUAAGGAGGUACCUCCCCAAACUGAAGGACUAUCCAAACCGCUACAUCCAUGAGCCGUGGAACGCCCCAGAGAGCGUGCAGAGGGCCUGUAACUGCGUGGUGGGGGUGGACUACCCCAAACCCAUGGUCAGGCAUGCUGAGACCAGCCGGCUCAACAUAGAGAGGAUGAAGCAGGUCUACCAGCAGUUCUCCCAGUACAAGGGUUUGAGUUUGCUGGCAACAGUCCCUGUCAUACAAGAGGAAGCUGAGACUGACACAUCAGUGCCUGCAGUCUCUAGAAACCAAACCCGCUCUAAUGAUGCCAUGGCAUCCUCCAUCUGCUCGGCUUUGUCCCACAGGAAGAGGGAACGUCCCGCUGAACUGCAGUGUUCCCAGAGUUGCAUCCAGCCCAAGCUGCAGUGCAGUGGUUUGAACAAAGACCCCCACAGAUCUCUGCAACAGUAACAGUUGCCUUGGAGAAGCUGUAGAUGCCUGCCUCAGUCCUCCCUGCUCUUCAUUGGUGUGGUGGAGUGGCAGUCCCUAAUGCUCUCCUGGAUAAAAGCAGAUAGAUCUGUUAAGAUGCACCUUAUCUGUCAAAAUGCAGCCUUCCAUUAUUUCUCUUAACUUAUUGUGUGGUAUCUGCACCAUUGUAACACUUUGCAAUCCAAUGGGUUGCUGCUGGUCAUUAGGAUCACUUUGUUGUGUUAGCCACUGUUUAGAGUGUCAUGAUCAUCUUGUCAAUUCCCUUUCUAAAUCGGAGAGUAAGAGAGGUAGAUGUAAAGAAAGGCAAACAGAGGGUCCUAUUUCAGCUAGACAGUGUGUUGAACACAAGCACAUUCCCUAUAUUUUAUCACCACUUCUGAUGGUGUUGAGAAAGGUAGUUAUGCCAUUUUCACUCUGAAUGUAAAAGGGUAGGGCAGAGGGUUUGGUUUAUAUCUAGUAAUCAUCUGCACUGAGAACAAUGACAAAAAAUUAACGUUUCAAUCUGUUGUAAUGGCAGAUAAAACACUAAAUGCCGUACUUCACGGAUGUAGAUUGAUGUGUCUCAGAGUUACAGUUAAAUCUUCGAAUGGAGGUAAAUGUUAAUGAAGGGUUUUACAUGACAGAUUACACUAAGUAUGUGGUGAGAAUGAUUUAAAUUCACAUUUCCUACGUAUUUCCUGCAUAUUCCAAAAUGUGUUCAAAAACCAGACCUUGUGCCUUGCAACAGUCUUUUCACACUCAUAGAAAAUGGCCCCAAAGCAAGCAGGAGAGAUAAAGGGGAGAGAGAAUGUUCUGUUUCUGUCAUUGUCAAUUGUUUGUUGUAUAUUUAAUGGUGUACCUGUGUAUCAUUUAGCUCAAAGUGAGUGUUCUACAUGGGGAUGUUUUAGAUGGAGUUGCAUGUUGUUAUGCAGUUUACUUUGUUUUGGCUAUGACGUUUCUCAUGUAUUUUAGUUGUAUAAAUUCAACAUAUGAAUGACUAAUUCUGUAAAUGGCUUUUUUGAGAUCAUACUGUUACCUAGAGAUGCAUUUCCGCAUGAAAAUGUAAAGUGUACACAGCAGCAGAUGAUCAUUAACCCUUGCCCAGCAAAUGACGGAUUACGCAGCACUAACACUACCCAUAGUUGGGUAGUUUUCGCUGGUAGUUUACUCUGGGCCAAUACACAGAGUAAAUUUCAGGCAACAUCCAACAUCAGUUAGCAUUAAGCUAAGAGCAUGCCAGCUAUAUCACUUGCUAUGUGACCAUUUAUGGGCUGUCUGUUAAUUACCAAUCAAAACAAUAGUGACAGGCAUAUUAUUCAUAACUGACCUGUGCUGUAGCGUGUAAAAGGCAACGUAUGAGCAGUAACGGAGACACAAACUAACGUUAGUGCCUUAUAAUUUGUUAUCGACUAAGUUAGCUAACGUUAGCUGUUGGUUGGCACUGAGUAGGCUACUGAUGAGUGGUUUGUUAUCGCAUACAUUACCGUGUCAUUUAAAAUGUAAUGUUUCAGAAGUAAACAUUAGCGGAACUGUAAGCUGUUUAAGCUGUAAACAUUAGUCCCCUGUGUUGCUAUCAGUGUCAAUAUCUCAAAAGUGUUUAGUAUGUGCUUAGAUUAUAUUUAUCUCCCAAGAACACUCCAUAUGUUUAACUCAUGUAUUAAAGGUUGAAGGCAGGGUCCCUUUUAAUUUGUGAAA